AUGGACGAGUUGGCACGCAUGUUCGAAGCGAAAGAAACAUGGAGGUACAUCAUACUCAUCGAAAAAUUAGCCGGAUGUUGGCCGUAUCAAUAUCCGCGUGUGAAUUCGAUCGUUCGCGUGUUCAACGGUGUGAUGCUGGUAUCUUUGUUAGUUCCAAUAGUUUGCAGAUUGUUAAUUGAACUGAAUUGCGUAGAUAUGGACAUACAGCUUGUAAUUGAAAAUACCUUCGUUUCAACGAUCUUAUCUGGCGUCCUAAUAAAGUUCAUAGCUCUUUACAUUAAUGAAAAACAGAGGGAAGAGGUAUAUCAGAAAAUGACAUUUAAAACACUGAAAAUCACCAAUAACAAAGAGACCCAAGUGAUGAACUAUCACUCGAGGGCGGCGCCAUUAUUUUUAACCAAAAUCUUGCUCUGCGUCGGUCUAACCACUAUGAUGUUCGAAACGAUACCCUUGGCCAAUAUGAAUUUGGAAUAUUACCUGCAAUCGAAUCUAACGUUCAAAAUCAAGCAGCUGCCGAUGUACGCCGAGUACUUCGUCGAUCAGGAGAAGUAUUUUUACGCGUUGCUCUUUCACAUGUUCGUGUCGAGCUGGGUCGCGGUGUUCAUCAACAUCUCCUUCGACGCGGCCUUCGUCCUCAUCGUUCACAACCACUUGGCGCUUUACAAAAUUGUAAGCAUGAGGCUCAGAGAGGCGUCGAAAAACGACGACGAUAACGUGUGUUACUGCAAAACUAUAUCGUACGAACAUGAGACUCGAGGCAACAUCAUCAACGCGAUCGAGAUCCAUCAGACGGCUAUAGAAAUUACCAAUACGAUUGAGAAGGCCUUCAGCGUGCCGUUGUUUCUUCUGACCGUUCAAAAUAUGUCGACGUUCGGGGGCCUGCUUGUUUUGGUGAUGACCACCGUCCGCGAUCCUGUCGAGCUGUUCAGAUAUUUCGUCACGUUUGCCGGAGUUUUGAGCUAUUUCAGCCUCUUCGCCGUGUUGGGUGAAAAAGUCAUCACCAACAGUACAGCCAUAUUCAGCGAAUCUUACACUACGAAUUGGAAAAAUCAUUCGAAACCUCUAACUGCGCUGUUUCGCAUAAUCAUGAUGCGCAGUAUGAAGCCAGUUGAUAUAAAGGGCGGAUCGUUGGUCUUGGGUAUGCAAACGCUGGGCCAGUUUUUCCAGCAAAGCUUUCUGUACAUACUGUUCUUUCGACUGUUCCGAAGACCCGCGUAG